GUUUCUCUAAAAUGAUACACAAUGCGUUUUCUGCACAGUAGCGCGACCGCGGCGAUCUGCUGUGAUCCGUGGUCGGGACUUUAUUUCGUUAUGGUGAUCGGCUGUUGUUAUGAUGUGACGGCUCCGUGCAGAAAUUAGACCGGGGGGGGGGGGGCUGCUCUGAAACGGGUGUGCGGUUUUUAUUAAGUGACAAGCGACCGAUCCUGCUAUGUUCUCCAUCCAGCCAGACUAAGGAGCACCUCCCUUCGUUUGAGACCAGAUCCUUAAAUGACCUACUGUUGAAGGCACAGCGAUCUAUUGCCCAGAUCAUGGCAUGUGGCUCAUUUCUGAUUUCGACGAGCGCGGCGCCAGGGAUCAAUAGAGAAAAUGGGCAUCAGAUCCAGAAAUGUUGGUAACAGUUCGGAAGAACAGCGGGAGAAGAAGGCAGGUUUGUCCGGCGACUUGGACCAGGGAACCGGUGCUGAUAAAGAUGGAGCCCUUCUGCUCGUUGGUCCCGGCAAAGACGAUUUCAAAAGGGGGUCUCAGGGCAUCGGACUUUUAGCAAAGACCCCUCUGGGCUACACGAGACCCGUAAAGCGGAAUAACAUCAGGAAACGUAGGGUGCAGAACCUGAUCUACGACGCGCUUGAGAGACCGAGAGGAUGGGCGCUGCUCUAUCACGCUUUUGUAUUCUUAAUCGUUCUUGGCUGUUUAAUAUUAUCCAUAUUAACCACGUUCAAGGAACACGAGGCACUGUCCGCCUACUGGCUCGUCAUACUGGAGACCUUCACGAUUUUCAUCUUCGGCGGGGAGUUUGUUCUGCGGAUCUGGGCGGCCGGAUGCUGUUGCCGAUACAAGGGAUGGAGGGGCCGUUUGAAGUUCGCCCGCAAGCCCCUCUGCGUUUUAGACAUCUUCGUGCUGAUUGCAUCGGUGCCGGUGGUGGUGGUGCGCAACCAGGGCAAUGUGCUGGCCACAUCUCUGCGCAGUCUACGUUUCCUGCAGAUUUUGCGCAUGCUGCGGAUGGACCGCAGGGGUGGAACCUGGAAGCUGCUGGGUUCCGCCAUCUAUGCUCACAGCAAGGAGCUCAUCACAGCCUGGUAUAUCGGCUUCCUCUCCCUCAUCUUGGCCUCCUUCCUGGUCUACUUGGUGGAGAAGGAUGACAUCACCACGGACACAGUGGACCGAGAUGCUCCGACCGCCCAAACCCCCCAGCAGGACUUUGAUACCUAUGCCGACGCCCUCUGGUGGGGCUUGAUCACGCUGACCACCAUUGGCUACGGGGACAAAACACCCAAGACGUGGGCCGGCCGGCUCCUAGCCGGCACCUUUGCUCUCAUCGGGGUCUCCUUCUUCGCACUUCCUGCCGGCAUCCUGGGAUCAGGUUUGGCUCUGAAGGUCCAGGAGCAGCACAGACAGAAGCACUUCGAGAAGAGAAGGCACCCAGCCGCUGGACUCCUCCAGUCCGCCUGGAGAUACUAUGCCACCGAUCCAGCCCGGGAGGACCUCAUCGCCACCUGGAGGUUCUACGAGACCAUCAUAUCCCUGCCGUGCUUCAGGAAGGAUCACUUAGAGGCAAUGACCAGCCAAAAGCUGAGUUUACUGGAGCGGGUUCGACAGUCCAACCCGCGGGCGGCCGCCGCUGCUGUCGUCAGGGGGAAGACGCUGGUGCCCCUCAACGCUGACGGCAUCGAGGAGGGCCCCCCCAAGGAGCCCAAGCCCGCCGGGUUCAGCAACCGGGAGAGGUUCCGUACCGCCUUCCGCAUGAAGGCCUACGCCCUGAGACAGAGCUCGGAAGACGCCGGAGCUCCACCGGAGGGCGCCUGCGAGGACCGGGGCUUUCCAGCCGAUGUUCUCCUGGAGGCCAUGAUCCCCACGCUCAAACUGGUCAUCAGAGCUGUCAGGAUCAUGAAGUUCCUGCUGAGCAAGAAGCGCUUUAAGGAGACGCUGCGGCCGUAUGACGUGAAGGAUGUGAUCGAGCAGUACUCGGCUGGACAUCUGGACAUGCUCUGCAGGAUCAAGUACCUGCAAGGAAGGUUAGACAUGAUUCUCGCCCCCGGUCCCCCACUGACCCCUAAGCAUAAGAAGACCCAGAAGACGCCGUUCACGUAUCCCGCUCAGCAGUCUCCCAGACACGAGCCCUACCUAUCCAAAGCCUCUGCGCCUGAGGCUGAAGACCAAAGCAUGAUGGGACGUUUUCUCCGAGUCGAGAGACAGGUGGAGGACAUGGAGAAGAAGCUGGACUUCCUGGUGGACAUGCACAUGCAGCACAUGGAGCACUUGCAGGUGGACGCCGGCGGCGCGGCCCAGCUGACCAUGGGAGUCCCGCGUGGCGGCAAACCCGGUGGCAAGGAGGACAGCAGGUACGCGGAGAUCCGCCGCGUCCUGCUGGACUACACCGACGGCUGCCCACACAUGCCCUACCAGGUACCCAUCAGCAAAGUGACCCCCUACUACAGCUUCAGGCAGGACCACGGCAUGCCGCUGGGUCCGGUCGCACCCACCUACACGGAGCGCCCCACCGUGCUGCCCAUCAGCUCGCUCCUGGAGACCCAGGGCCACUUCGGAGGCGAGGGGCCCAGUCCCUGCCCCGGUCAGGGCUGGACCUUGGGACGGGACGUGGACACGCCCCUCUCGCUGCCAUCCGUCAACCACGAAGAGCUGGAGCGCUCGCCUAGCGGGUUCAGUAUCUCGCAGGAAAGGGAGGACGUCUCAUUCAGCACGGGGGCCGGUCCUGGGGCCCCCGGCUGGGUGAAAGAGAAGCGCUACCUGGCCGAAGGUGAGACUGACACGGACACCGACCCCUUCACCCCCAGCGGGCCCCUCCCCUUGUCCUCCACCGGCGAGGGCUUCCCUGACUCCGUGUGGAACACGCCCUCCUAACCCCGUGUCAUUGGCCGGUGAAAAUGUGGCGGAGCUAUUGCCUUCUGGUAAGAAACAUACAUUUAAAUGGGGGGAAAACCGGCCCCCACAUGUAUAAUAUAUAGACUUUGUACAGAGCACCCAUUGCAAAGUUAAGCAAAAGGACAAAAAAAAAUAAAUCACCCAAAGCUUUAUUUAUCGCUGCAAAGCAAACAGCACUGCAUGUGAAGCAUGCACAUUUAGUGGUAGACACUGCAAAGUUCAGGUAACGGGGAGUAAUAAAAAUAAUAAUAAAAAUAAUCAUUAAAAAAAUGAACUUGAUGAAUACUUUAAAUGCUAUGCCGUUUUUAAGAACUUAUUUUUGGAAAGAUACCACAUAAUUUAUUAUUAUUAUUUUUUAUUAUAAUUUAAAUGCAUGGUUUGCAUGAAUUUGCAGCGUUUCUGAAAGGGUUUGAGCUGGAUGCCUUUGACAACGUUUCUCAGCUUUAUCGUGCAGUACGUUUUGUGGCUAGAUAUGUCUGGGCAAGAAAUAAGAGAAUGCACAAAUGAAAUAUCUAUUUGGUUUCCUAUUUUCGUCGCAUGCUGUGGCACGUGGCGAACUUCCCAGCCUUUUGUAUUCGGUUCCGUUUCUUUGUGGUACACAUGAAUGGCCAGAUUUAUCAAGCUUUUGCACAAGUGUGAAAUUUCCACCUGUUUUUCCACAAAGUAACUAAAAGUUAAUGGAUCAGUUUUAAACCCCCAUACUGAUUGUAGCCUUAUAUUUUAAAUGCGCAAGUUUAUGAUUAUUAUUAUUAUUAUUAUUAUUAUUAUUACCCAAAGGAAAAACAGGUAAAAAAUUUUAACUGGUGAAAAAUUUUGAUUAAAAACAUUUUCUGAGCUGGAACGAGAGGCAUUGCAAUGUCCUCCGAAAAGAAGAAACUCAAAAUCCUUCAUUCAUGCACAUUUAACGAAUUUUAAGUUUGAGCAUUUCCACCGUGUUGAAACAUGAGAUUCCGAAUACGUAAAUAUCCAUUUACCAAGUACUACACCAUGUCGGUACUCCAGCCCUUAACCUCAAACCCCAGUGUAAACCAAACACCUAUAUAUUAACACUUAUCUUUAACACUGGUUAUUACUGGUUUUUACAGCAUCACAUACAAAUGCCGCAUGUUAGUUGUUCAUCAUUUUUUGUAAUACAGCAAGUAGGUAAAUGCUAUUGUUAUGAAAAUGUCGUUUUUUUUAAUCUUACGGAAAAAAAACCUAGUGUAAAAUAGGUCUACAUUAUAGCAUUUAAUUUAAGCAUCGGGCAGAUAGGCCUAUUAAAUAUGCGUAAGUUCAGUGUUUGGCAAAACAACGUAUACCUGGCAGACAUAACAUUUAAGCGAUUAGAAAGAUGUGUUCAUGUUGAAAUCACGCCCAUUUCUCUUUUACAUCUGUGUUGAGUUUCACGCCCUUUUGACAAACAAAUACACCCUGCAUCCAUAUUUCUGAAUUCGCGUGUCACUUUGUCAUGAAAAUACAUAGAAAUUAAAGCUGACUAGUACAGGAAUUGCAAAGACUGUAAGACGUUAACCUGGUGAAGGGAGACGGCCGGGCUCUUUACGGCCAAUGGCGUUCGCCCUUUUAAUGGUGCCUUUUAUAGCAUGUGUCCCAUUUGCGUGCAGCGGCCGCGAUAUGUACUGUGCUGCGCUUCUGUCGCCCCGACCCCGUCAUUAAUACGAAUGGGAAGACUUUGUACGACCAAAGGCGUUUUCUUUGUAAACUUCCACGCUACCAUCGCUACACUUACAAUUAUGAAUUAUGAAACACAGGAUAAAAUCCCAUUAAUUAUAAUAAUAAUAAUAAUAACGAUAAUAAUAAUAACAAUAAGUUGCCACACUUUCAUUUAAGACUUUUUACCAGUAGACUUAAAGUUUCGUAAGGCAUA